AUGGUACGGAAACAAAAUUUUCCUUUGCAACGCACUCGUGAGCAAGCUUACGUGUAUGCGAUGUCAGCGGCGGCGCUAUCAUGGUCGAUAGCGCGUGCUUGCGCCGCGGGCGCUCUCGCCGCGUGCUCGUGUGCGGCGCCGCCCCGCGCGCCGCCGCGCCCGCCGCGGCAGGCCGUGCCGCCUGAACCACAGGCACGGUUUAAGUGGGGUGGAUGUGGGGAUAACUUUCAAUGGGCUGAGAGAUUUGCCAAACAGUUUCUGGAUACACAUGAAAUAGACGUACGCGAUGGCAGAAUAGAAGAUGAAAUUAUCGACUUCGAAACGACUACGGAAAAACCGACAACUACCGCAGAACCAACCACAGCGCCACCAGUAGUCAUCCUUGUUGAUGAUCAACCGGCACCGGCAAAUACUAGCAUGGCGCCCAGGAGGAAGGGCAAGAGAGGAAAAAAACGUCUUCCACGAUCUCCACGCAGAGGGCGACCUACAAGAAAAAGAUUCAGAUCUAGAUACGAUUAUGAAGAUGACGAGAAAGAAUACCAAUAUCGAAAUAUUGAGUACCGAAUGGCUGCGGACGACCCCCGCUUUGAUCCACAAGUGGACCUGCACACGCGCCUUCACCACCUACGAACUCUUAUUGCUUCUGCUAACUUGGUCAAUAACCGAUUUGGAAGAAGAGUAGUGUCACAAGGUAUGCGCACCAAGUGCACUUGCCACGGCGUGUCGGGCUCGUGCUCGGUGCGCACGUGCUGGCGCGCGCUUACCGCACUGUCCCGCGCCGGCGCCGCACUGGCGCGCGAGGCGGGCCGCGCCGCCGCGCUGCCGCCGCGCGCGCCGCGCCCGCGCCCGCUGCGCCGCGCGCGCUCGCGCCUGCGCUACGUCACGCCCAGCCCGGACUACUGCGAGCCGGAUCCGGCGGCCGGCUCGCUGGGCACUCAUGGCAGGAAGUGCAACGCGUCGCUGGGGCAGGGCGCGGGCGGCUGCGCGCGGCUUUGCUGCGGGCGCGGGCGACGCGCGCUGCGCGCGGCGCGCCUCGAGCGCUGCCGCUGCCGCUACCACUGGUGUUGCCGCGUCGACUGCCAGCUGUGCCGCGUCACCACAGAGGAGCACUACUGCAAU